AUGGUAGAACAUUCAGACAGAAAGACUCUCCAGGACAAAAAUUCCUUUGCAGAAACGGUUGGCAAAACCAAGCUUGAAAGCGUACAGAAGUUUCGCCGCAAGAAGAUCCUAGACAAGAAUCUGUUGAACGCUGUUUUAUCCAACUUGGAAGUGAGGGCAUCAGAAAAUCUUUCAGAGAAGGGAACUGAGACAACGCAUGGCAAGCCGCAACAAUCCACUGAUAAAGAGAGAGUCUCUUCGAAGUACACUCUCACGUAUGCAAAAUCGCUCUACGCCGUAGAAGAAAUGAAGAAUACCGUCGCAACGUCAAAAGAAAGAAAGCCUGCAGAAAUGACGUUGAACGAAGGUGCCUUUGCAGACAGCAUGCAUCAUUUUUGCGUUUUGAGAUUCGUCCACAUCGUGCGUGUAGACAAAUUUCAGAUGACAAGAAAUAUGCGAUGUUUUUACAAGAGUCAUGGGGGCAACCCAAACGAAUCAUUUAUGCACCUUCCAGGAAAAGGCAAAGGAACAAUCAAAUCUGUUCAGCAUCCGAUGCACAAAGGGUUCAAACCAACUCUAGUCAGUUUAAGGCAGCGAGGAAAUUCACUGGCGAGGUUCGAAUCCCAAGCAAAAUUUCUGUUUGAUAGCUGCACCUUGCAGACCCGUGGAUUUGGUGGAAAACAGUUCAGGCCUAGCACGAGCCGCAACAAGGACGAGGCCAACAGCCUUGAAGACCUCCACCAUGCAGCCUCACUCCUCUUGCUGUCACGAGAUAGGUGUCUCAAUCAGCAGUCCGCUGCCAAGUAA